CUUUAGGACCUGGACAGACAUCCAGGUGGGGUGUACUGGCCGCAAGUCAGUCUUAUUAACAGGAUGGGAGACAGUCUCGUGAAUCUGUGGUCUCUGUUCUCCUAUGCUAGGUGAACCCCAAGUGCCCACCAGACGGAUCCAGGUGACGUCUCUGCAGACGGUCUGCCAUGACACCCGGGCAAGAACAGAGGGACUGAAGUGGGAGGCCUUCCCCAUGUCCCUCCCGUGGGCAGCCCCCCAAUGGCCUGGGUGAGGGCCGCCUGGCUGCUCUGACGCCAUGGGGAGCUGCUGUAGCUGCCUGAACAGAGACGGCCUCUCAGACAACCACCCCACCAAGUUCAAGGUGACGAACGUGGACGACGAGGGCCUGGAGCUGGGCGCGGGGGUGAUGGAGCUGACGCAGAGCGAGCUGGUGCUGCACAUGCCGCAGCGCGACGACAUCCGCUGGCCCUACCUGUGCCUGCGGCGCUACGGCUACGACGCCAACCUCUUCUCCUUCGAGAGCGGCCGCCGCUGUCAGACAGGCCAAGGCAUCUUCGCGUUCAAGUGCUCCCGGGCCGAGGAGAUCUUCAACCUGCUGCAGGACCUGAUGCAGUGCAACAGCAUCAACGUGAUGGAGGAGCCCGUCAUCAUCACGCGCAACAGCCACCCGCCUGGGUUUGACCUCCCACGGACCCCCCAGCAGCCCAGUGCCCUAGGCUACUCCGUCUCCAGCUUCUCCAACGGCUUCCCCGGCUGCCCCGCCGCCCGGCACCCCUCGCUCGGGGAGGAGUCCACGCACGCGCUCAUCGCCCCCGACGAGCAGUCCCACACCUACGUGAACACGCCGGGCGGCGAGGAGGCCCCCGGCCGGAGCCGCUGCCUGCAGCCCCUGCCCGCCGCCCGCGCGCCCUUCCUCCCGCCGCCGCCGGGCCCCGACCGCCGCGACCCCCAGGUCUUCCUGCAGCCGGGCCGCGUGAAGUUCGUGCUGGGCCCCGGCCUGGCCGCGCAGCACGGGAAGUGCCAGGGCCUCCGCCCCGGCCCGCGGGACCCGGCCGUCCACGACAACAACAACGAGGGCGCGUCCGAGUGCCCGGCGCGGCCCCCGUGCGCCUACGAGAACGUGGGCGGGGCGGGCGCGGGCGGGGCGCUGGCGCUGCGGCGCGGGCCGGGCGCGGGCCUGGCGGGCCUGGCGGGCCUGGCGCCCCGGCGCCCGCUGCACUACGAGAACCUGCCGCCGCUGUGGGAGGGGGGCGCGCGGCCGGCGCCCGGCCCCGGCCCCGACGACGCGGACUGCGGGGACGGCCUCACGCCCUCCUCCAACGGCGGCCCCGACGGCGACGCCGGCGACGAGGACCAGACGCCCCUGCAGCGGCCGCGCGCCGGCGCCGCGCGCAGCCUCGGCCUCCCCGCGCCCCUCGCCGCCCGCCGCCUCCGCGCCUCCCCGCGCAUCUUCAACUUCGACUUCCGACGGCCGGGGCCCGAGCCCCCGCGCCAGCUCAACUACAUCCAGGUGGAGCUCAAGGGCUGGGGGGGCGCCGCGUCCGCCACCACCGACGCCGCCGCCCCGCACCCGGCCCGCAGCUCCGACUCCUACGCCGUGAUCGACCUCAAGAAGACGGCCGCCAUGUCCAGCCUGCAGCGGGCGCUGCCCCGCGACGACGGCACGGCCCGCAAGACGCGCCACAACAGCACCGACCUGCCGCUGUGAGCCCCGGCCCGGCCCCGACGCCGCCCGAGCCCCCCCCG